UCAGGUUUACCCAGAAAUUCACUGCCCUAAUAAGAGAAGAACAGGUCAUGAUCGCUCAACUCGAACAAGACUCUGUCACUCGAAUAAAAAAACUCUUACUCAUGUCUGUGAACGGCACCCUUCAUUUGCAUUCCCUCAGAUUAAUUAGAGAUGAAUUAGGGUUACCUGAAAAUUGCCGAGAAUCAAUAAUCAGGAAGUAUAACACCGAUUUCAAAAUGGUGGAUCUAGAAGUUGUGGAAUUGGCUGUUAAGGAAUGUGAAAGACCAUCUAUGGUGGCCGAGGUCGAAAAGUGGCGGGAAAAAGAGUAUACAGAGAGGUGGUUAAGUGAAUUUGAGGUCAAAUAUUCAUUCCCUAUAAAUUUCCCAACAGGAUUCAGAAAAGGGGCACGGUUUAAAGACAAAUUGAACAAUUGGCAACGAAUGUCAUACAUCAAGCCAUAUGAGAAAACGAACAUCGUUAAUGUUCGUAGUUGUGGAGGAGUAGAGAGGUAUGAAAAGAGAGCUGUGGGAAUCAUUCACGAACUCCUGAGUUUAACCGUAGAGAAGAUGGUUCGAGUUGAACGGUUAGCUCAUUUUCGGAAGGAUCUAGGAAUCGAAGUGAAUAUCCGUGAGUUGCUUUUGAACCAUCCGGGGAUUUUUUACAUAUCUACAAAGGGGGAUUCUCAAAUGGUUUAUCUGAGAGAAGCGUAUGACAGUCAAGGUUGUUUGAUUGAGCCAAACAGAAUUUACAAUGUUAGAAGAAAGUUGUUGGAGGUAAUCUUAAUGGGAAGCCGAAAUACUAGAGGAUUGAACUUGGAAAGGGAAGUACAGG